AUGGAUUGGCUGAAUGGUAUCAAUAUCAGUAGAACUGAGGUUAUAGAUAGAUUGAGUUAUGUUGAUAUCGGUAGUAUUGAGGCUAUGAGGUGGCUAAAUAAUAUUAGUGUCGGCAAGAUUAAGGCUAUAAGUUGUCAGGAUGUUGGUAUUGGCUGCAUUAAGGAUAUUGGUGUUAGCAGUAUUAACUGCAUUAAGGUUAUAAGCGGUAUUGAUGUUGGUAGCAUUAAGGAUAUGAGUAGCAGUGUUGAGGUUGGUGGCACUAGUGUUGGAGUCUUGAACAGUAG